UGAGCGGGCUCGCCUACAGAAGACAGCGGUGGAACCACAAAACCCAGAAGGCUCCGCGCCUCCUUUUCUCCCUCCCCUCCCGCAGUCGGAAUGCUGUUUUUGUUGUUGGUGAAAGGUGAGGGAACAGCUGAUCCGUGUGUGGGAAGGACAGAUAUCUCAAGGGAAGGAUGGAAGAAUCACCACUAAGCCGGGCACCGUCCCGGGGUGGAGUCAACUUUCUGAAUGUAGCCCGGACCUACAUCCCUAACACCAAGGUGGAAUGUCACUACACCCUUCCUCCAGGCACUGUGCCCAGUGCCAGCGAUUGGAUUGGCAUCUUCAAGGUGGAGGCUGCCUGUGUCCGGGAUUACCACACAUUUGUGUGGUCUUCAGUGCCUGAAAGUGCAGCUGGUGGUUCCCCAGUCCACUCCAGUGUCCAGUUCCAAGCCAGCUACCUGCCCAAACCGGGAGCCCAGCUCUACCAGUUCCGGUAUGUGAACCGCCAGGGCCGGGUAUGUGGGCAGAGCUCCCCUUUCCAGUUCCGAGAGCCAAGGCCCAUGGAUGAACUGGUGACCCUGGAGGAGACUGACAGUGGCUCAGACAUCCUGCUGGUUGUCCCCAAGGCAACUGUGCUACAGAACCAGCUGGAUGAGAGCCAGCAAGAGAGGAAUGACCUGAUGCAGCUGAAGCUGCAGCUGGAGGGGCGGGUGACGGAGCUGAGAAGCCGAGUACAGGAGCUGGAGACGGCUCUGGCUAGCGCCCGGCAGGAGCAUGCAGAGCUGAUGGAGCAGUACAAGGGGCUUUCCCGAUCCCACGGAGAGCUCACAGAAGAGAGGGACAUCCUGAGCCAGCAGCAGGGAGACCAUGUGGCACGCAUCCUGGAGCUGGAAAACGACAUCCAGACCAUCAGCGAGAAGGUGCUGACAAAGGAGGUGGAGCUGGACAGGGUUAGAGACGCAGUGAAAGCCUUGUCUCGGGAACAAGAGAAGCUCCUUGGGCAAUUGAAGGAAGUGCAUGCAGACAAGGAGCAAAGCGAGGCUGAGCUCCAAAGUGCACAACAGGAGAACUAUCGCUUGAAUUUGGAGUUGCAGGAGGCCAAGGGCCGCCAGGAGGAGCAGGUUGCUCAGGCCCAGCAACUGAAGGACAAGGUGGCCCAGAUGAAGGACACUCUAGGCCAGGCCCAGCAGCGGGUGGCUGAGCUGGAGCCCCUGAAGGAGCAACUUCGAGAGGCCCAGGAGCUUGCAGCCUCCAGCCGGCAGAAAGCCGCCCUUCUCGGGGAGGAGCUGGCCAGCACAGCGGCAGCCAGAGACCGCACCAUAGCCGAGCUUCACCGCGGCCGCCUGGAAGUAGCUGGAGUCAAUGGCAGGCUGGCCGAGCUCAGUCUGCACUUGAAAGAGGAAAAGAGCCAGUGGAACAAGGAGCGGGCAGGGCUGCUGCAGAACGUGGAGGCUGAGAAGGACAAGAUCCUGAAGCUGAGUGCAGAGAUACUUCGACUGGAAAAGGCAGUUCAGGAGGAGAGGACCCAGAAUCAAGUGUUCAAGACUGAACUGGCCCGGGAAAAGGAUUCUAGCAUGGUGCAGUUGUCAGAAAGUAAGCGGGAGCUGACAGAGCUUCGGUCAGCCCUGCGUGUGCUCCAGAAGGAAAAGGAGCAGUUGCAGGAGGAGAAGCAGGAACUGCUAGAGUACAUGAGGAAGCUGGAGGCCCGCCUGGAGAAGGUGGCAGAUGAGAAGUGGAAUGAGGAUGCUGCCACAGAGGAUGAGGAGGCCGCUGCAGGGCUGAGCUGCCCCAGGGCUCUGACAGACUCGGAGGAUGAGUCCCCAGAAGACAUGAGACUUCCGCCCUAUGGCCUGUGUGAGCGUGCAGACCUCAGCUCCUCUCCUGCUGGGCCUGGAGAGGCUCCUUCCCUCGUUGUCAUUAGCCAGCCAGCUCCCAUUGCUCCCCACCUCUCAGGACCAGCUGAGGAUAGUAGCUCCGACUCGGCCUAUUCUGCUCUUCCCUUACCUGUCCCAGUGUGCUGCUCCCCCAUCUGCCACCCCAAAACACAACCCUAUCUCUCUGCUGCCCAGGAGGCUGAAGAUGAGAAGUCAGUCCUGAUGGCAGCUGUGCGGAGUGGGGGUGAGGAGGCCAACCUGCUGCUUCCUGAGCUGGGCAGUGCCUUCUAUGACAUGGCCAGUGGCUUUGCAGUGGGUUCCUUGUCAGAAGCCAGCACUGGGGGCCCUGCCACGCCCCCAUGGAAAGAGUGCCCUAUUUGUAAGGAGCGUUUCCCAGCUGAGAGUGAUAAGGAUGCCCUGGAGGACCACAUGGAUGGACACUUCUUUUUCAGCACCCAGGACCCCUUCACCUUUGAAUGACCUCGCCCUCCCCGGUCAAGUGCUGGAAAUACAGAUGGAACAGUCAAAAACCCUGCCCUCAAAGAGCUCAUAGUCAAAUCAGCACAUAUAAAAAACCAAGAUAAGUACUACUUUAGAGGAGGUAUGCACAGCAUACUAUGGGACCACCGAGGAGGGGAGCUUAACCAAUAAUGGGGGAGACAAAGCUUCCCACAGGUGACAAUGUGGAGCUGAGUCUUAAUGAGUAGAUGUGAGACAAGCAUGUGCAGGCAGAAGGAACAAAGUGUGCAAAGACCAUGCCUCACUCAGAAAUCUAAACAUUUGGGUAGGGCUGCUGAAUGAAGAGUGUAGACAGUGUGUGAAGUGAGGCUGGAAAGAUAAACUAACACAUGAACUAAUUUUCACUCAGUAAAUAUUCAUUGAGUGCCCACUAUGUGCCAGGUGCUGUUCUGGGCACUGGGAAACAUCAUCAACGAAACAGACAGGAAAGCCUGUCCUCAAGGAGAUUACAUUCAACUGCCAGAUCAUGAAAGUCAGAGAGCCCUGUUAGGAACUCAUUGUAUAACCUGGGCAAAAAUAGUGAGCACCAAUCUUAAGCAGAGACAAGAGGAAAAGAGGCAGAAUUCCUGAGGAUGCAGAAUUAAUGGAACUUGGUGAUAAUUAGACAUGGGAGGUAACCAAGGAGACAAGUUGAUCCCAGGUUUCUGGUUUCAAUUGAUCAGAUAACCAGUGAUGCCAUUCACCAAAUAAAUAAUACAAACAGAGAAAUACACUGAGGGAAAAUACAAUUGGUGCAAUAAUUUUUUAAAUUAAUAUUUUAAAUUUAAAAUGUGAUUUGUUGAAUUCCCAAUUUCUUUGAGAUCUUCUGAAGGAGAGAGAGAUCCAGUAGGAAGUUGGAUAGAUUUUUAAGUCUGGAGCUUAAGAGAAUUUGGAACUGGAGGUAGAGAUUUAAGACCCUUGAAAGUAAAGGUGAUGAGAGUGAAGAGGAUCAUCCAGGUCUCUUUGCAAGUAGAGUGAGAGGGUAAGAGGGUCAAGAGCAGAAUCCAGGAGACAAUCAACAUGGAAGUAUGGCAAAUGCAGAGCCACAGAGGAGACUGAGAAGGAUCACCAGAGAGGCAGGAAGCAACUCAGAAGAGAUGAGUCAAGAAGAGAGGGCAGAGUGGCAGGUGCAGCAGAGAGGCUCGGAAAUGACUCCUGGAAACUGCUGGACUAGCAGCCAGAGGUCACUGGUGGCUCAGCAAGAGGAGCUUGAGGAAAGUGCUGCAGGUGGAGGUUACUGUGCAGGUGGACUUAAUCUGCAAUAGAUACACAGUUCUUCUGAUCCUUGGGAACUGGGACUAUGUCUCCAGACUCACACAAAAACAAGGACUCCUGAGUCAAGGUAUAAGAAAAA